UUUCACACACACAAAAAAGAAAAAAAAUAAAAGAAGAAAAACAACUGUAACCCGCUCUUAACUUCUUCGCAUGCAAUCGGAGCUCCGGCUCCCUUAACGGAGCCCCAGCUCAAUUAUCUCAUUUUCCCUCUCUUUUAGAUCUCUGUCCCAUUUCCUCUCUUGUUUUUUUCCCCAGAUCUCAACUGAACCAAACAACCAAAAAAAGGAAAACAAAAAAGACGAAAUAAUAUAAAAUUUUUCAAAAAUGUCGAAACCCUGGGGUGGCAUCGGCGCGUGGGCCGCCGAGGCCGAGCGAGAAGAAGCUGAGGAGCGUGAAGCUGCGAAAGCCGCAGCCGCUGCGGCAGCUGCUGCCCCCACUGCUGAGUCGCAGAGUUUUCCUAGCCUAAGGGAAGCUGUUAGCACGAAGGCUAAGAAGAAGAAAAUGACUCUCUCAGAGUUCACCAUGGGGACUUAUUCGUCGUCCGGCGGCGGCGCUAGGGUAACGGAAUACAACAGGCUGACACCCGAAGAGAUGAUGCUCCUGCCAACCCGACCCAAGGAACGGUCCGCCGAGGAAAUGCAGUAUGGGCGUCUCGGGGGUGGGUUUUCGUCUUAUGGGAGGUCCGGUCCGCCUGCGGGUCGGGUUAUGCGUGACCGUGAGGACAGCGACGGGUCAUGGGGCUCGGGAAGGAGGGCGUACGGAGGUUUUGAUGAAGAACGACGGGGUCCGCCUUCUAGGGUUUCUGAUUACGAUCCGCCGUCGCGUGCCGAUGAGGUGGACAACUGGGCAAUGGCUAAGAAAGCAACUUCUUCGUUUGAUUCAGGCAGGCAAAAUAGAUACGGUGGGCUUGGAACUGGAGGUGGUGGUGGAAUGUCUAGGGCGGAUGAGGUUGAUAAUUGGACAGCUGGGAAACGGCCAAUUCCAGUUCGAUCUUCAACGUUUGGUUCGGGUUUUCGUGACUCUGGACCCGAGCCUGAUAGAUGGACCCGAGGUGGUGGUGGUGGGGGUGGAUUCCGAGAGGAAAGGCCUAGAUUAGUUUUGGAUCCACCGAGAGGGGAAGUGAAUGAGCCAGUAGUUAAGACGAAUAAGCCGAAUCCUUUUGGGGCAGCGAGGCCCAGGGAAGAGGUGUUGGCAGAGAAAGGAUUGGAUUGGAAGACGCUGGAUUCUGAGAUUGAGGCAAAGAAGGUAACUAGUAGGCCUACCAGCGCACACUCUAGCAGGCCAUCGAGCGCACAAUCCAGCAGGUCCGAGGGUCCCCAGCAGCAAGCGAUUGAAAAUGUAGUGAAGCCGAGGCCAAAGGUGAAUCCAUUUGGGGAUGCUAAGCCUAGAGAAGUUUUGCUGGAAGAACGAGGUCAGGAUUGGCGUAAGAUUGAUCGUGAAUUGGAACGUCGUAGGAUCGAAAGGCCAGAAACAGAGGAAAAGAUAUUGAAAGAAGAAAUAGAUAAUCUAAAGAAGGAGAUUGAGAAAGAAUCAAUAUCAAAAGUGGAAUCUGCUGGAGACCAACCUACUUUACGUGACACACUGCUUCGCAAAGAAAGGGAAUUAGAAAUACUUAUCCGAGAUUUGGAUAACAAAGUUAGAUUUGGGCAGAAAGCUGUUGAAAGGCCUGGUUCUGGAGCUGGCAGGAUUGGCAGCUUACCUGAUAGACCAUCUUCUCAGUCUGGGUCAAUUGAUGGGUCUAGAGGUGUGGACUUCAUGAAUAAUAGGCCUAGAUCUCGUGGUACUGCUGAUGCAUGGACAAGGCCUGGUGAUGAGCGAAGAGGAUUUCAGGGUGGCAAGGAUAGAGGUUUCCUGGGAAACAGAGAUUUGGACAGGUCAAGGUCAAGGGAGAGAUGGUGAAGUGUAAUUGGCAAUUGAUUUGUUAAAUUCUAUCGUCUACUUUUGACCACCUGGACCAAUAAUAUUUUGUCUUCUCACUUCUUUUUAAUUGUUCUCGUCGUUUUGCUCUGGUAAAGUGGGGCAAGGAUUCUUGGGUAUUGGAACACGGACCUCAGCGUUAAUCUAUUGUUACAUCUUGAAGCUAUGUAAAAUGGCCUUUCCACCACUCUUCCUCUUUUUGGCUUUUUUGUUUUGUUUUUUUUUCUCCCCCUAGGACUCAAAUUUGAUUUAACAAACAUUGUGGGAUUCACCAGUUUAUUUUUGAGGUUCCUUUGGAAUGUUAGAUAGAUAAUCUGGUGUAUUGUUCAUGAGGUUGAGGUUGUUAGUGAAUUGUUAUUCCGACUGUUUUGUUUU